AUCCUCAGAUUUCAGGUAACCUUUUGUCAACAUUUAUAUGUUUCAUUGCAAGUUAUUCCAGAUUUCAAUCAAUUUCGAUGUUUGAAACGGACAAAAGAGAGAAUUUUCGUAGAGAUUCACGCAUUCUGGGAUUCGAGAAAAAGCCGAAAAGUUGAAGAUUAAAUGUCGAAGAGACCGUAGUGAGAAUAGAGUCGACCCUCGGAUUUGAGUUGAUUCGUUUAAUUAUGAUAGCUAUGGAGCUGUUGUUCGGGGUACAGAUAAAUUCUGAGAUGAUCAUGCCGAUUACGUUGAGCGGUGUGAACCUGAAAACAAAAGUAGAGGUAUUAAAGCAAGAAGCCGCGGAAAGGUGGAAUCUGCCCAAAAAUUCAUUUGAAUUUAUUUAUUGUGGACUUAUACUUGAAGAUGAUGCAACAGUAGAGUCUGUCGGAUUGAAGAAUGGAUCAAUGGUACAUGCGCUGAAGAAGAAAGAACCGGAGUCAUCAAUGUUGAAUAAACAUAUAUCAGAAGAUUGCAUAUUACAACUAGCAUCAGCAUUUAAAUCUUUCAAUGAGACCCCUGCGUUUAGAAAUGCUUUGCAUCGUUUAAGUAAAAGACCAGAAGUGAUAGAUAAUAUUAUUUCAUCCUCUCCUGGAUUGCACGAGGAUGCAGUCGCUAUUGCCAUGUUGCAGGAUCCUGAUUUAAUGGCGCAUUUUAUAGAUGUUGACACUGUCAGAAGAAUAGCACAGCUGCAUCCAGUGUUAAUCGAGGCAGCGCAGAACAUUGCAGCGGCCGUACACGAGGAAGCGCACAAUGCAGCCUCCAGUGGCUCCUCCAGCAGUUCAGUGGCCAGUUCGCAGCCUACUACCGCACAUUCCUAUAGUGUUGAUAGCAUGAGCCUCGAGGAAGAAAUGGCGCGCGAUAUUGCCCACUUUUUUGCCACGCAGCCUGUAAACAACAGCAAUCUACGUUUUCCUAAUGUAUCGCCAGCUACAAACUCGCAGAUGUCGCAACGACUGGAUAAUCUGCCAUCCUCCACAUCCGACGGUGCCAAUCGACCCGCAACCGACAAUCAGAGCACCGGCGUGAUCACUCCCCAAAUGUUCAUGGAAGCUAUGAGACAAGCCGCGUUGGCGACUAAUUCAAAUUCACAGCAGCCAGCUGCGUCGCCGGCAGCCUCUUUGUCGCCGGUAUUACCGCUAUUUUCACCACCGAUUAAUGAUCUACAGCGGCAGUUGGCACAGAUGCAUGAGAUGGGUCUUCAAGACGACACGAUAAACAUUCAGGCAUUGCAGUUUACCAAUGGUGAUGUGCAAGCAGCCAUCGAACUCGUGUUUAGUGGUUUCUAUGAUAAUUAAUGGACCAGAAACAAUAGGACGAGGUAAUAUUAGUGAUUGCAGUAUUUGUACAAAUGUUUCAGAAAAUAGUGUUUUCUAGAUGAGUCAGCCUGAAUA